UAACCAGAAGGGUUUAUUUUAUGUGAUAACCAGAAAAACAAAAUUGACACAUAUCCAUAAACUUUAUGGAGAGGAAAAUAUAUUAGAUUUUAGAAUGAGAAGAUUGAUCAGUUUUGCAGUUUUAUUAUUGCAUUGUGGAAACCUUGUUUUCGCGAGGAAGUACACACCUAUUCUUAGAAAAGAACCAGUUAGAGAACUUGACGGAAAACAUUUAACGCAACAGCAGGAUAACAAGGAGAACCAAGAGGAGAACCAAGAGGAGAACAAAGAGAACCAAGAGAAAAAUAACCAGGAGAACUAUAAGAACCAAAAGAACCAGUGGAAACAGGAGCAAAAUAAUAAGAAGAACGAGAAGAUGCAGAACCAGGAGAACCACGAGAAAAAAGGAAAAAAAAACCAAGUGAUCCAGGAGAACAACAAGAAGAAAAACCAGGAGAACCAGGCGGAAAAGAACAAGGAGGAGAAAAAAGAGGGGAACAAUAAGAACCAAAAGAAUCAGUGGAACCAGGAGCAAAAUAAAAAGAAGGACGAGAAGAUGCAGAAUCAGGAGAACCGCGAGAAAAAAGGGGAAAAGAACCAGGUGAUCCAGGAGAACAACAAGAAGAAAAACCAGGAGAACCAGGCGGAGAAGAGCAAGGAGGAGAAAAAAGAGGGGAACUAUAAGAACCAAAAGAAUCAGUGGAACCAGGAGCAAAAUAAUAAGAACAGCAAGAAGAACCAGGAGACCCAUAAGAACAAGGAGAAAAAGAACCAGGAGAACCAGGAGAACCAUAAGAAUAAAGAGAACAAGAACCCGGAGAUAAACUACAGGAAGAAUCAAGAAAACCAGGACAGCAACAAGAAGAAUAACCAGGAGAACCAGAAGAACAAGGAGAACCAGAAGAUAAAGAAUCAAGAAAACAAGGAGAACCAGAAGAACCAGACGAACCAAAAGAACAAGGGGAAACAGAAGAUCCAGGAGUACCAAGAGGAGAAUAACCGCAAGGACCAGGGAAAGCACGACGAGAACCAGGAUGAUAUUGAGAUACUGGAAACAGACUAUUCAAUCUGUGAUGAUCCUGUUCUCAAAGGCCCUGUUAACUCUAGGAGUGAACCUGAAAUGCUUCUUCGCCAGAGAGCAAAGGAGAUUUGUGGAAAAAAGAACAAAGAAAAUGAUAAAUCUAAGGGAAAGAAAAAGAUGAAUUCCCUGAAAGACUAUUCAAUAUGCGAUGAUCCCGUUCUGCAAGGUCCAGUCAAUUCCAGAAGCUUGCCUGAAAUGCUCCUUCGACAGAAGGCUAAGAAGAUUUGUGGAGAAAAUACUGAUAAAACUUACGACAAUUCCAAAUCUGACAAAGCUAAUAAAAGAAAUAAAAAAUUUAAUAUAAAAGAUAAAGAAAAUGCUAAAAUUAACGAGACUGAUGAGAAAAAUUCUAAAUAUAAUAAAACUGUUAAAGAAAAUUCGAAAACUAAUGAUACUGUUAAAGAAAAUUCGAAUACUAUUGAAUAUAAUAAAAAUAACAAAAUUAAUGGGAAAAAUCCUAAAACUAACAUGAUUGAUGAAGAGAAUACUGAAACUAGUGAAACUGGUGAAGAGAAUACUGAAACUAAUGAAACUGGUGAAGAGUAUAAUAAACAUAAUGAAAUUGCUAAUGAAAAAACUGAAACUAUUGAAACUGGUGAUGAAUAUACCAAAACUAACGAAACCGAUAAAAAGGACCUAUCAAUUUGUGAUGAUCUUGUUUUAAAGAGUCCAGACAAUACUAAAAGUGAACUUGAAUUGAUUCUUAGACAAGAAGCAAAAAAAAUUUGUGAACAACGUCAAGAAAAGACAAAAGAAGAGGAAUCACCAAUCAUUGAUUUCUCAAUUUGUGACAAUCCAAUCCUCAAAGGUCCUGUCAACAGUAAGAGCGACCCAGAAAUGAUUUUUAGAGAGGAAGCUGAGAAAAUUUGUGGAAAAAGAGAAAAGACUGCCACAAGAGAACCUAUUGAAAAUUAUAGCAAAGAUCCGAUUCUAGAUAACUCAAUUUGUGACAGUCCAGUUCUAAAAGUUCCAUAUAAUGCAAGAAGUUUGCCCGAAAUGAUAGUCAGAAAACAAGCUGAACAAAUCUGUGGAAAUAAAAAAAAAUAUCAAAAAAAGAAAAUCCAUCCAGAGAAAAUAUUAAUAAAUGAUAAAGCUAAAGAGCACAAAGUUAGAACGUAAUAAAUAAAUUAUUAGAAAUUGUU